GCUCAGUAGGAAUGGACAGAGUCCUAGAUUUUCUCAGACAAAUGAGCCCAGAGGCUGAAGAGCAUGACCUCGAAGAGCUGAAUAAGACCCUUGACCCUGAAGAGAGAGACUCCAGUGUGGACCUGGAGGCAUUCCAGACAGUUGUCAAAGAGUGGAUGCCUCGCUACCAGAGCACAUGGUGGCUGUGGAAGAACUCCCAAUAUGUGCUGGUCUUUUACUUUGCCAUCCAGGAGAUCAAUAGGGAUGAACACUUGCUCCCAAACAAGUCCUUGGGUUUCCAGUUGUACAAUGCCUUGGCCAGUCACAGCUUCAUACUGUUGAAUGCCCUGCACUGGCUGACAGGGGACCAUAGCUUGACUCCCAACUACAUUUGCCAGACACGGAGUAAGUCAGUUGUUGUCCUUGCUGGAACAAGCUCAGUGUUUUCUGCUGAAAUGGGGACCAUUUUGGAGCUCUACAAAAUCCCACAGCUCACUUAUGGUCCUUUUGAUCCCAUGCUGAAUGAUAAGAAGCAGUUCCCCUCACUCUAUCAGAUGGCCACCAGUGACAGCUCUCUGGCCCGUGCCAUGAUCUCCCUGCUGCUGCAUUUUGGCUGGACAUGGGUGGGACUCUUGGUGUCUGAUGACAUGAAAGGAGAGCAGUUCCAUCAGGACAUCCAAGCUGAGAUGGUCAAGAGAGGAGUCUGCUUGGCCUUUGCCUUCAAGCUCCCUGAGACAAAGACAAUUGUUUCCCUUGAAAAUAUCCCAGGACACAUCGACAUGCUGUCCGUGUCUGACUCCAGCUAUUUUGUGUACAAUGCUGUGUAUGCAGUGGCCCACGCCCUGCAUCGUGUGUUUCUGGAGAAAGAAGAAAUGGUUUUCCCAGAAGACACAGCUCAAGCUCUGAUUCUUCCCUGGCAGCUACAUCCACUUCUGAGGACAACACAGUUCACCAACAAUGCUGGGGAUCAUGUGUCCCUCCACAAAGCAACACCUCAUCAGGAACACUACGAUAUUCAGAACAUUGUCAACUUUCCUGCAGGCCUCCAAGUGAUGGAUAACAUUGGAAGGUUUGGAUAUGACCAAGGCCUAGUCAUCAGGGAAGACAUGAUAGAAUGGCCUGUUGCAUUGAAGGAGACUCCAACAUCUGUGUGUAGCCAGAGAUGUGUGCCAGGAUUCAGGAAAAUGCCAGAGGAAGGAUUGGCUGUCUGCUGCUACACUUGUGUUUUCUGUGCAGAGGGUGAAAUUUCCAAUCAGACAGAUGCAGAGCAGUGCAUCCAGUGCCCAGAGCUGGAGUACACAAACAAGGAGAGAACUCACUGCCUCCCCAAGCUGGUGACUUUCCUGGCCUUUGAGGAUUCCCUGGGGAUGGCUCUGGCCUGCAUGGCUCUGACCCUCACUCUCCUCACUGUUAUGGUGUUGGGGGUCUUUGUGAAGCACCAAGACACACCCAUCGUCAAGGCCAAUAACCGCAACCUCAGCUACAUCCUGCUCAUCUCACUCCUCCUCUGCUUCCUCUGCUCCUUCCUCUUCAUUGGCCGUCCCAACACAGCCACCUGCCUCCUAAGACAAAUCACAUUUGCCCUGGUGUUCACAGUGGCUGUUUCUGCCGUGCUGGCCAAAACCAUCACUGUGGUUCUGGCCUUCAAGGCCAUGAAGCCUGGAAGGACCAUGAGGCGAUUGCUGGUGUCAGGAGCCCCAAACGCUGUCAUUCCCAUCUGCUUCCUCAUCCAACUGACUCUCUGUGCCAUCUGGCUGGCAACAUCUCCUCCCUUUGUGGACACAGAUGCAUACUCUGAGCAUGGACACAUCAUCCUCUUGUGCAACGAGGGCUCCAUCACUGCCUUCUACUGUGUGCUGGGCUUCCUGGGCUCAUUGGCCCUGGGCACCUUCACUGUGGCUUUCCUUGCCAGGAAGCUGCCUGACACGUUCAAUGAAGCCAAGUUCCUGACGUUCAGCAUGCUGGUGUUCUGCAGUGUGUGGGUGACCUUCCUGCCUGUGUACCAGAGCACCAAGGGGAAGGUGAUGGUGGCCGUGGAGGUCUUCUCCAUCUUGGCCUCUGGUGCUGGGCUCCUGGGCUGCAUCUUUGCCCCCAAAUGCUACAUUAUUCUCAUAAAGCCCGAGAGGAAUUUGUCGAAAAGCUUCAAGAAAACAACAGGUUCCAAGGGAGUUUGUCAGUUUUCUUAG